CAAGACGUGUUACAAAUAUUGGAAAGCAUAUAUUAGUUGAAUUUAAUGAAAAAGUACUAAACCUUUACAAUUCAGAAAAAGUGCCAAUAUUAGAAAGUAUACAUUACUCUGUUAAAAAAUAUACCUUUAAUAUUAAUUAUGAGGAUGAAGAUAAAGCUAAAAAGAAAUGA